AGAUUAUCUUUCUUUCAUUCCCUUUGAUAGCUAUAUAUACCCGUAAGAAAAGCAAAGUUGCAACAUCUAUUUUCCGCGUCUCAAAAACAUUGGAAUUUUGUGUUUGUCUUUUACUCUUUUGGAAACAAUGAAUGCACUAGCAGCCACCAACAGGAACUUUAGGCUGGCCUCUAGGCUCCUUGGAUUGGAUUCCAAGCUUGAGAAAAGUUUGCUGAUUCCAUUUAGAGAAAUCAAGGUUGAAUGUACCAUCCCCAAAGAUGAUGGCAGCUUGGCCACUUUUGUUGGAUUCAGGAUUCAACAUGAUAAUGCUAGAGGCCCCAUGAAAGGAGGGAUCAGAUACCAUCCUGAGGUUGAACCAGAUGAAGUGAAUGCUUUGGCACAACUAAUGACAUGGAAGACAGCUGUAGCAAAUAUACCAUAUGGUGGUGCCAAAGGAGGAAUAGGGUGUGACCCUGCAGAUUUAACUGUGUCAGAGUUAGAAAGACUCACUAGAGUUUUUACCCAGAAAAUUCAUGAUCUGAUUGGAGUUCAGACAGAUGUGCCUGCACCUGAUAUGGGAACAGGACCACAGACUAUGGCAUGGAUUCUAGAUGAGUAUUCCAAAUUUCAUGGCCACUCUCCUGCAGUAGUGACUGGGAAACCUGUAGAACUCGGUGGAUCUCUAGGCAGAGAUGCAGCUACUGGACGAGGAGUCCUCUUUGCAACGGAGGCUUUGCUUAAGGAGCAUGGGAUGAGUGUAUCCGGACAGCGGUUUAUCAUACAGGGAUUUGGAAAUGUGGGGUCUUGGGCUGCCCAAUUGAUCAGUGAGAAAGGUGGAAAAGUUGUUGCAGUGAGUGACAUAACUGGGGCCAUAAAGAAUACCAAUGGCCUUGACAUACCAAGCUUGCUCAAACAUUCUAGAGAACACAGGGGAGUCAAAGGAUUCCAUGGUGGUGAUGCAAUUGACCCCAACUCAAUAUUGGUUGAAGACUGUGAUGUUCUUGUCCCAGCAGCUCUUGGUGGAGUCAUCAAUAGGGAAAACGCAAAUGAGAUUAAGGCCAAAUUUAUUGUUGAAGCAGCCAAUCACCCAACUGACCCGGAGGCUGAUGAGAUUCUGAAAAAGAAAGGGGUUGUGAUCCUCCCAGAUAUAUUUGCAAAUUCAGGAGGAGUCACAGUUAGCUACUUUGAGUGGGUGCAGAACAUUCAAGGGUUCAUGUGGGAUGAGGAGAAGGUGAACAACGAGCUAAAGACAUACAUGACUAAAGGGUUCAAAGAUGUGAAGGAGAUGUGCAAAACCCAUAAUUGUGAUCUUCGUAUGGGAGCAUUCACCCUUGCAGUUAACCGUGUGGCAAGGGCCACUGUACUUAGGGGUUGGGAAGCUUGAAAUCAUAAUACUGUUGCUCCUUUGGACAAAGAUUCAGAGCUCCAUUGACAGACUCAGCAACACCUUAUACAAUUCUUGCAUACGCAUCCGAAAUUUUACGGAUAUUUUUUAAAUAAAGAAAUUCAUUUCCACUUUAUGAUUGUUUUAUUUAUGCCUUAGAUAUAUUUUUAGAACACAAGCAAUUGUAUAUCCAUUUUAUGCCUUAGAUUGGUCCACUUGCAAUGAGGCAUCACUUGUUUUCUGAUGCUUCAGGUGUCUCUUUUUUAAGGAUGUUGUUCCCUUUUCC